UGCUCCUCCUCCCCGCCUCCGCCGCCCCCCGGGGACACCCUGCCCUGGAACCUGGGCAAGCCUCAGCUGAGCAGGCGUCGCGUGAGGCAGGGCCCCGGGGCCCACGACGCCGUCCUCGACCCCGCCGACCGCGCCGUCAUCCGCAUCGCAGACGAGCGGGAUCGGGUGCAGAAGAAGACCUUCACCAAGUGGGUCAACAAACACCUCAUCAAGCACUGGAGAACACAGGCGCAGCGUCACAUCAGCGACCUGUAUGAAGAUCUUCGUGAUGGCCACAACCUCAUCUCCCUGUUGGAAGUGCUCUCAGGAGACACCCUGCCGAGGGAGCGCGACGUAAUCAGGAACUUGCGUUUGCCUCGGGAGAAAGGGAGGAUGCGUUUCCACAAGCUGCAGAAUGUCCAGAUCGCUCUGGACUACCUCAAGCGCCGCCAGGUGAAGUUGGUGAACAUCAGGAACGAUGACAUCGCGGACGGCAACCCCAAGCUCACCUUGGGCCUCAUCUGGACCAUCAUCCUGCACUUCCAGAUCUCAGACAUCCAGGUGAGCGGGCAGUCGGAGGACAUGACGGCCAAGGAGAAGCUGCUGCUCUGGUCGCAGCGCAUGGUGGAGGGCUACCAAGGCCUGCGCUGCGACAAUUUCACUGCCAGCUGGCGGGACGGGCGCCUCUUCAAUGCCAUCAUCCACCGGCACAAGCCCAUGCUCAUCGACAUGAACAAAGUCUAUCACCAGAGCAACCUGGAGAAUCUGGACCAGGCAUUCGGCGUGGCUGAGCGGGACCUGGGAGUGACCCGCCUGUUGGACCCAGAAGACGUGGACGUCCCUCAGCCAGAUGAGAAAUCCAUCAUCACCUACGUGUCCUCCCUGUACGACGCCAUGCCCCGGGUUCCCGACGCCCAGGAUGGGGUGAAGGCCAAUGAGCUACAGUUGCGCUGGCAAGAGUACCGAGAGCUGGUGACGCUGCUUCUGCAGUGGGUCAGACACCACAUCAUCUCCUUCGAGGAACGCAAGUUUCCGACCAGCUUCGAGGAGAUCGAGAUCCUCUGGUGCCAGUUCCUGAAGUUCAAGGAAACGGAGCUUCCGGCCAAGGAGGCCGACAAGAACAGGUCGAAGGGCAUCUUCCUGUCCCUGGAGGGAGCCGUGCAGGCCGGGCAGUUGAAGGUGCCCCCGGGAUACCACCCGCUGGACGUGGAGAAAGAAUGGGGGAAGUUGCACGUGGCCAUCCUGGAGCGGGAGAAGCAGCUGCGCAGCGAGUUCGAGAGGCUGGAGUGUCUCCAUCGCAUCGUCAGCAAACUCCAGAUGGAGUCCGGCCUGUGUGAAGAGCAGCUGAACCAGGCGGAUACCCUGCUGCAGUCGGAUAUCCGGCUGCUGAACGCGGGCAAGGCGCCCCAGCGGGCGGGAGAAGUGGAGAGGGAUCUGGACAAGGCCGAUGGCAUGAUCCGACUGCUCUUCAAUGACGUGCAGGCCCUCAAGGAUGGACGGCAUCCUCAGGGCGAGCAGAUGUACCGCAGGGUGUACCGCCUGCACGAGCGCCUGGUAGCCAUCCGGACCGAGUACAACCUGCGGCUCAAGUCCGGGGCCACGAUGACCAGCCAGGUGACCAGCCAGGCGAGCCACACCACGACGCUGCAGAGCACCCAGCGGCGGCCGGAGCUGGAAGACGUCACCCUCCGCUACCUGCAGGACCUGCUGGGCUGGGUCGAGGAGAACCAGCGGCGGCUGGACGCCGCCGAGUGGGGCGUGGACCUGCCCAGCGUGGAGGGCCAGCUGGGCAGCCACCGCGGGCUGCACCAGUCCGUCGAGGAGUUCCGGACCAAGAUCGAGCGGGCCCGAGCCGAUGAGAGCCAACUCUCCCCAGCCACCAAGGGAGCCUACAGAGACUGCCUCGGCAAGCUGGACCUGCAGUAUGCCAAGCUGCUGAACUCAUCCAAAGCUCGCCUGCGCGGCCUGGAGAACUUGCACGGCUUCGUGGCGGCCGCCACCAAGGAGCUGAUGUGGCUGAACGAGAAGGAGGAGGAGGAGGUGGCCUACGACUGGAGCGAACGGAACAGCAACGUGGCCGCCAAGAAGGAGAGCUACUCGGGACUGAUGCGGGAGCUGGAGUUGAAGGAGAAGAAAAUAAAGGAGAUUCAGAGCACGGGAGAUCGACUGCUGCGGGAAGAGCACCCGGGGAAGCCCACUGUGGAGGCAUUCCAGGCUGCCCUGCAGACCCAGUGGAGUUGGAUGCUGCAGCUGUGUUGCUGCAUUGAGGCGCAUCUGAAGGAGAACACCGCCUACUUCCAGUUUUUCUCGGACGUGCGGGAGGCCGAGGAGCAGCUGCAGAAGCUGCAGGAGACCAUCAGGAGGAAGUACGCGGUGGAUCGGUCCAUCACGGUGACCCGGCUGGAAGACCUGCUACAGGAUGCCCAGGACGAGAAGGAGCAGCUAGCCGAGUACAAGGGGCACCUCUCGGGGUUGGCCAAGCGAGCCAAAGCCAUCGUCCAGCUGAAGCCGCGUAACCCGGCCCAUCCCCUCCGUGGCCGGCUGCCCCUGCGGGCCGUGUGCGACUACAAGCAGGUGGAGAUGACCGUGCACAAGGGGGAUGAAUGCCAACUGGUGAGCCACGCCCAGCCGUCCCGCUGGAAGGUGGUGAGCAGCGGGGGAAGUGAAGCCGUGCUGCCUUCCGUCUGCUUCCUCAUCCCCCCGCCCAACAAGGAGGCCCUGGAUGCCGUCCACAGGCUGGAGGGGCAGCAUCAGGCCCUGGUGACCCUUUGGCACCAGCUGCAUGUGGACAUGAAGAGCCUCCUGUCCUGGCAGUGCGUGACCAGAGACAUCCAGCUGAUCCAAUCCUGGUCCCUUGUCACGUUCCGCACCCUGAAGCCGGAGGAGCAGCGCCAAGCUCUGCGCGGCCUGGACACCCACUACCAGACCUUCCUGCGGGACAGCCAGGACGCCAGCAACUUCCUCCCCGAGGACCGGCUGCAGCUGGAGCGGGAUUACAACGCCUGCUCCCGCCACUACCAGCAGCUGCAGCUCAGCCUGGAGCAGGGUGAGCAGGACGAGUCUCUGUGCCAGCGGUACAUCUCGGAGCUGAAGGACAUCCGCCUGCAGCUGGAGGCCUGCGAGGCCCGGACCAUCCACCGCAUCCGCACGCCUCUGGAGAAGGAGCCUGCCCGCGAAUGUGCCCAGCGCAUCACCGAGCAGCAGAAGGCCCAGGCGGAGCUGGAGGGGCUGGGACAGGGGGUGGCCCGGCUGGAGGCGCAGGCAGAGAAAGUGCUGGCCCAGCCAGAGCCCUCCUCCGGAGCCCCUGCCCUGCGCUCAGAGCUGGAGCUGACCCUCGUCAAGUUGGAGCAGGUGUGCAGUCUGUCAGCCAUCUACCUGGAGAAGCUCAAGACCAUCAGCCUGGUGAUCCGCAGCACGCAGGGGGCUGAAGGACUGCUCCGGGGCUACGAGGAGCAGCUCAAAGAUGUGCAGGUCGUGCCCGCCAACCUCCCGGACCUCGAAGCCAGCAAGGCGGAGCUCAAGAAGCUGCGGGGGCAGGUGGAGGCGCAGCAGCCGCUGUUCCAGGCGCUGGAGGACGAGGUCGGGGCAGCGCGCGAGGUCGGCGAGCGCCUGCAGCAGAGCCACGGCGAGCGGGACGCGGAGCUGGAGCGCUGGCGGGAGCGGGUGGCCCAGCUGCUGGAGCGCUGGCAGGGGGUCCUCGCCCAGAUCGACCUGCGCCAGCGCGAGCUGGACCAGCUGGGCCGCCAGCUGCGCUAUUUCCGCGACAGCGCCGACCCGCUCGGCUCCUGGAUCCAGGACGCCAAGCGGCGGCAGGAGCAGAUCCAGGCCGUGCCCCUCUCCGACAGCCGGGCCGUCCGCGAGCAGCUGCAGCAGGAGAAGAAACUCCUGGAGGAGAUCGAGCAGAACCGCGAGAAGGUGGAUGAGUGUCAGAAAUACGCCAAGCAGUACGUCAACGCCAUCAAGGACUAUGAGCUGCAGCUGGUGACCUACAAGGCCCAGGUGGAACCUGUGGCUUCUCCGGCCAAGAAGCCCAAAGUCCAGUCUGUGUCUGACGGCGUCAUCCAGGAGUACGUGGAGCUGCGCACCCAAUACAGCGAGCUGACCACGCUGACCAGUCAGUACAUCAAGUUCAUCACCGAGACGCUGCGGCGCCUGGAGGAGGAAGAGAGAGCGGCGGAGAAGCUGAAGGCGGAGGAACGGCAGCGGCUGGCGGAGGUGGAGGCCCAGCUGGAGAAGCAGCGGCAGCUGGCCGAGGCCCACGCCCGGGCCAAGGCCCAGGCGGAGCACGAGGCCCAGGAGCUCCAGCGGCGCAUGCAGGAGGAGGUGGCGCGGCGGCAGGUGGUGGCCGUGGACGCCGAGCACCAGAAGCUGAACAUCCAGCAGGAGCUGCAGCAGCUGCGGCAGAACUCGGCCACGGAGAUCCAGGCCAAGGCCCGGCAGGUGGAGGAGGCGGAGCGGAGCCGGGGGCGCGUCGAGGAGGAGAUCCGGGCCGUGCGCCUGCAGCUGGAGGCCACGGAGCGGCAGCGGGCCGGGGCCGAGGCGGAGCUGCGGGCCCUGCGGGGCCGGGCGGAGGAGGCCGAGGGCCAGAAGAAGCAGGCGCAGGAGGAGGCGGAGCGGCUGCGCCGCCAGGUGCAGGAGGAGAGCCAGAAGAAGCGGCAGGCGGAGGAGGAGCUGCGCCUCAAGGUGCAGGCGGAGCAGGAGGCGGCGCGCGAGAAGCAGCGGGCCGUGCGGGCCCUGGAGGAGCUGCGCCUGCAGGCGGAGGAGGCGGAGCGGCGGCUGCGGCAGGCCGAGGCGGAGAAGGAGCGGCAGGUGCAGGUGGCCCAGGAGACGGCGCAGCGCAGCGCCGAGCUGGAGCUGCAGAGCAAGCGGAUGUCCUUCGCCGAGAAGACGGCCCAGCUGGAGCUGAGCCUGCAGCAGGAGCACCUGACGGUGGCCCACCUGCAGGAGGAGGCGGAGCGGCUGAAGCAGCAGCAGGCCGAGGCGGCCCGCUUCCGCGAGGAGGCCGAGCGGGAGCUGGAGAAGUGGCGCCUCAAGGCCAACGAGGCCCUGCGGCUGCGGCUGCAGGCCGAGGAGGUGGCCCACCAGAAGAGCCUGGCCCAGGAGGAGGCGGAGAAGCAGAAGGAGGACGCCGAGCGCGAGGCCCGCCAGCGGGGCAAGGCGGAGGAGGCGGCCCUGCGGCAGAAGGAGCAGGCGGAGCAGGAGCUGGACAGGCAGCGCCGGCUGGCCGAGGGCACGGCCCAGCAGCGGCUGGCGGCCGAGCAGGAGCUGAUCCGGCUCAAGGCGGAGACGGAGACCGGCGAGCAGCGGCGGCUGCUCCUGGAGGAGGAGCUGGGCCGGCUGAAGCUGGAGGUGGGCGAGGCGGCCCGGCGCCGGCGGGAGGCCGAGGAGGAGCUGGCCCGGGUGCGGGCCGAGAUGGAGGUGCUCCUGCGCAGCAAGGCCCAGACGGAGGAGGAGUCGCGCUCCACCAGCGAGCGGUCCCGCCAGCGGCUGGAGGAGGAGGCGGCCCGCUUCCGCGAGCUGGCGGAGGAGGCGGCCCGCCUGCGGGCCCUGUCGGAGGAGGCCCAGCGGCAGCGGCAGCUGGCCGAGGAGGAGGGGGCCCGGCAGCGGGCCGAGGCGGAGCGCAUCCUGCAGGAGAAGCUGGCGGCCGUCAACGAGGCCACGCGGCUCAAGGCCGAGGCGGAGAUCGCCCUGAAGGAGAAGGAGGCGGAGAACGAGCGCCUGCGGCGGCUGGCCGAGGACGAGGCCUACCAGCGGCGGCUGCUGGAGGAGCAGGCGGCCCAGCACAAGGCCGCCAUCGAGGAGAAGAUCGCGCAGCUCCGCCGGGCCUCGGAGAGCGAGCUGGAGCGGCAGAAGGGCCUGGUGGAGGACACCCUGAGGCAGCGGCGGGCCGUGGAGGAGGAGAUCCGCGGGCUCAAGGCCGACUUCGAGCGGGCCUCGGCCGGCAAGGCGGAGCUGGAGCUGGAGCUGGGCCGCAUCAAGGGCAGCGCCGAGGAGAGCCAGCGCAGCCGGGAGCGGGCGGAGCGCGAGGCCGAGAAGCAGCGGCAGCUGGCCCUGGAGGAGGAGCGGCGGCGCCGCGAGGCCGAGGACCGGGUGCGGGAGAGCCUGGCGGCCGAGGAGGAGGCCGGGCGGCAGCGCCAGGCCGCCCUGGAGGAGCUGGACCGCCUGCGGGCCAAGGUGGAGGAGGCCCGGCGCCAGAAGGAGCUGGCCGAGGAGGAGUCGGCCCGGCAGAUCCAGCUGGCCCGGGAGGCGGCCCAGAAGCGGCUCCGGGCCGAGGAGAAGGCCCGCGAGGCGGCCGUGCAGCAGAAGGAGCAGGAGCUGCUGCAGAGCCGCCAGCAGGAGCAGAGCGCCCUGGGCCGGCUGCGGGACGAGGCGGACGCGGCCCGGCGGGCGGCCGACGAGGCGGAGGAGGCCCGGGAGCGGGCCGAGCGGGAGGCGGCCCUGUCGCGCCAGCAGGUGGAGGCGGCCGAGCGGCUGAAGCGGCAGGCCGAGGCCCAGGCCCAGGCCCGGGCCGAGGCCCGGGAGGCCGCCGAGCGGCUGCGCAAGGAGGCCGAGGAGGAGGCGGCCCGGCGGGCCCAGGCGGAGCAGGCGGCCCUGCGGCAGAAGCAGGCGGCCGACGCCGAGAUGGAGCGGCACAAGACGUUCGCCGAGCAGACCCUGCGGCAGAAGGCGCAGGUGGAGCAGGAGCUGACCAAGGUGAGGCUCCGCCUGGAGGAGACGGACCACCAGAAGGGCAUCCUGGACGAGGAGCUGCGGCGCCUCAAGGCCGAGGUCACGGACGCCGCCCGCCAGCGGGCCCAGGCCGAGGAGGAGCUCUUCAAGGUCAAGGUCCAGAUGGAGGAGCUGGGCAAGCUCAAGGCGCGCAUCGAGGAGGAGAACAAGGCCCUGAUCCUCAAGGACCAGGACAGCACGCAGAAGAUCCUGCUGGAGGAGGCGGAGAAGAUGAAGCGGGUGGCCGAGGAGGCCGCCCGCCUCAGCGUGGAGGCCCAGGAGGCCGCCCGCCUGCGCCAGCUGGCCGAGGACGACCUGGCCCAGCAGCGGGCCCUGGCCGAGAGGAUGCUGAAGGAGAAGAUGCAGGCCGUGCAGGAGGCCUCGCGCCUCCAGGCCCAGGCCGACCUGCUCCACCGGCAGAAGGAGCUGGCCCAGGAGCAGGCCGAGCGGCUCCGCGAGGACAAGGAGCAGAUGCGGCAGCGGCUGGCCGAGGAGACCGAGGGCUUCCAGAGGACCCUGGAGGCCGAGCGGCGCCGGCAGCUGGAGAUGAGCGCCGAGGCCGAGCGGCUCCAGCUGCGCGUCACCGAGAUGAGCCUGGCCCAGGCCCGGGCCGAGGAGGAGGCCGAGAGGUUCAAGAAGCAGGCCGAGGAGAUCGGGGCCAAGCUGCACAGCACCGAGCUGGCCACCCGAGAGAAGGUCACCCGGGUCCAGACGCUGGAGAUCCAGCGCCAGCAGAGCGACCGGGACGCCGACCGGCUCAAGGAGGCCAUCGCCGAGCUGGAGCUGGAGAAGGACAAGCUCAAGCGGGAGGCCGAGCUGCUGCAGCGCAAGGCGGAAGAGAUGCAGACGGUCCAGAAGGAGCAGCUGCUCCACGAGACCCAGGCGCUCCAGCAGACCUUCCUGACGGAGAAGGACAGCCUGCUGAAGAAGGAGCGGUUCAUCGAGGAGGAGAAGGCCAAGCUGGAGAAGCUGUUCGAGGACGAGGUCCGCAAGGCCCGGCAGCUGAAGGCCGAGCAGGAGCGGCAGCAGGAGCAGAUGGAGCGGGAGAAGCGGGAGCUGCUGGCCAGCAUGGACGAGGCCCGGCGGCGGCAGGAGGAGGCGGAGGGCAGCGUCCGGCGGCAGCAGGAGGAGCUGCGGCAGCUGGAGCAGCGGCGCCGGGAGCAGGAGCGGCUCCUGGCCGACGAGAACCGGAAGCUGCGGGAGAAGCUGGAGCGGCUGGAGGAGGAGCACCGGGCGGCCCUGGCCCAGACCCGGGAGGUCACCAUCCAGACGGAGGAGCGGCCGGCCCCGGCCCGGGCCCUGCCCAACGGGCGCCCCGCCGCCGACGGGGGCCCGGCCCAGAACGGGGAGGCGGGGCCGCCGGCCUUCGACGGCCUGCGCCGGAAGGUGCCGGCCGAGGAGCUGGCCGAGGCCGGCGUCCUGAGCGGCGAGGACCUGGCCCGGCUGGCCACCGGCGCCCUGACGGUGGCGGAGCUGGCCCAGCGGGAGGACGUGAGCACCUGCCUGCGGGGCCGCAGCUGCGUCGCCGGGCUGCUCCUGGAGCCCGCCGGCGAGAGGCUGAGCGUCUACGAGGCCAUGAAGCGGCGGCUGCUCAGCCCCGGCACGGCCCUCGUCCUGCUGGAGGCCCAGGCCGCCUCCGGCUUCGUCGUCGACCCCGUGGGCAACAGGAGGCUGUCGGUCAGCGAGGCCGUGAAGGAGGGCGUCGUCGGCCCCGAGCUGCACAGCAAGCUGCUGUCGGCCGAGCGGGCGGUCACGGGCUACCGGGACCCCUACACCGGCGACAGGAUCUCCCUGUUCCAGGCCAUGGCCAAGGACCUGGUGGUCCGCGACCACGCGGUCCGCCUGCUGGAGGCCCAGAUCGCCACGGGCGGCGUCAUCGACCCCGUGGGCAGCCACCGCCUGCCCGUGGAGGCGGCCUGCCGGCGCGGCCACCUGGACGAGGAGCUGGCGGCCGCCCUGGCCGACCCCGCCGACGACACCAAGGGCUUCUUCGACCCCAACACCCAGGAGAACCUCACCUACCGGCAGCUGCUGGACCGCUGCGUCUCCGACCCGGAGACCGGGCUCCGGCUCCUGCCGCUCCGGGACGGGGCGGCCGGCGGCGGGGAGCUGGCCUGCACGGACCGGGAGGCCCGGGACGUCCUCCGGAAGGCCACCGUGUCGGCGCCCUUCGGCCGCUUCCGGGACAGGACGGUCACCCUCUGGGAGAUCAUCAACUCCGAGUACUUCACCGAGGCCCAGAGGCGGGACCUGCUCCGCCAGUACCGGACGGGAAAGAUCACCGUGGAGAAGAUCAUCAAGAUCGUCAUCACCGUGGUGGAGGAGCAGGAGAAGAAGGGCCAGCUGUGCUUCCAGGGCCUGCGGGCCCCGGUCCCGGCCGCCGAGCUGCUGGAGAGCCGGGUCCUCGACCCGGCCCUCUACCGCCAGCUGUGCCAGGGCGAGCGGACGGUGCCGGAGGUGGCGGAGCUGGAGGCGGUCAGGCGGGCCCUGCGCGGGGCCGACGCCGUGGCGGGCGUGCGGCUGGAGGCCACGGGCCGGACCCUCACCCUCUACGAGGCCCUGAGGGAGGAGCUGCUGAAGCCCGAGACGGCCCUGGCCCUGCUGGAGGCCCAGGCGGGCACCGGCCACCUGAUCGACCCCCUGGAGAACGCCAGGCUGACGGUGGACGAGGCCGUGCGGGCCGGCCUGGUGGGGCCCGAGCUGCACGAGAGGCUGCUGUCGGCCGAGCGGGCCGUGACCGGCUACCGGGACCCCUACAGCGGGCAGACGGUCUCCCUCUUCCAGGCCCUGCGGAAGGGGCUGAUCCCCGGGGACCAGGGCCGGCGGCUCCUGGCCGCCCAGCUGGCCACCGGCGGCAUCGUCGACCCCGGCCGCAGCCACCGGGUCCCCGCCGAGGUGGCCUGCGGGCGGGGCCUCCUGGACGAGGAGACCGGCCGGGCCCUGGGGGCCCCCGACGGGGAGGCCCGGGCCUUCCCGGACCCCGAGACCCAGGAGCCCGCGACCUACGGCCAGCUGCGGGAGAGGUGCCGGGCCGACGAGCGGACGGGCCUCCUCCUGCUGCCCCUGUCGGAGGCGGCCAUCCGCGCCCAGCGGGAAGAGCUCUACACCGACCGGCAGGCCCGGGAGGCGCUGGAGAAGGCCACCGUCCAGGUCCCGGCCGGGAGCCUGAAGGGCCGGACGGUCGCGGUCUGGGAGCUGAUCAACUCGGAGUACUUCUCCGAGGAGCAGCGGCGGGAGCUCGUCCGGCAGUACCGGACGGGCAAGGUCACCGUGGAGAAGAUCAUCAAGAUCGUCGUCACCAUCCUGGAGGAGACCGAGACCCGGCGGCAGGAGAGGCUGACCUUCAGCGGCCUGCGGGCCCCGGUGGCGGCCAGCGAGCUCCUGGAGGCCGGGGUCAUCAGCCGGGCCCAGUUCGAGCGGCUCCAGGAGGGGGCCGCCACCGUGCAGGAGAUCGCCGAGGCGGAGCCGGUCCGGCGGCUCCUCCGGGGCGGGGGCGCCGUGGCCGGCGUCGCCCUGGAGGGCGGCGGGGAGAAGCUGGCCCUCUACGAGGCCAUGCGGCGGAAGCUCCUGCGGCCCGAAACGGCCGAGGCCCUGCUGGAGGCCCAGGCGGCCACGGGCUUCAUCCUGGACCCCGUGAAGAACCAGAGGCUGUACGUGCACGAGGCCGUCAAGGCCGGCGUGGUGGGGCCGGAGCUGCACGAGCGGCUGCUGUCGGCCGAGAAGGCCGUGACGGGCUACCGGGACCCCUACUCGGGCAGCACCGUCUCCCUCUUCGAGGCCAUGCGCAAGGGCCUGGUCCUCCGGGAGCAGGGGCUGCGGCUGCUCGAGGCCCAGGUGGCCACGGGCGGCGUGGUCGACCCCGUGCGCAGCCACCGCCUGCCCCCGGAGGCGGCCUACCGGCGCGGCUGCCUGGACGAGGAGCUGGCCGCCGCCCUGGCCGCCCCCGCGGACGAGGCCCGGGGCUUCCGGGACCCCAACACCCGGGAGCGGCUCACCUACCGGCAGCUGCUGGACCGCUGCGCCCCCGACCCGGAGACGGGGCUCCUCCUCCUGCCGCUCCGGGGGCCCGAGCCGGGGCCCGAGGGGGCGGAGGAGGCGGCCGCCCCCGUCUACACGGAAGAGGAGACCCGCAGGGCGUUCGAGGAGACGCGGAUCGAGAUCCCCGGCGGCGGCGGCGGCGGCGGCGGCGGCGACGGCGGCGCCCCCGCCCCGUCCUCCAUGUCCCUGUGGGAGGUGAUGCAGUCGGACCUGAUCCCCGCCGAGCAGCGGGAGCGCCUCCUGGAAGACUACCGGGCGGGGAAGGUGACCAAGGAGCGCAUGAUCAUCAUCAUCAUCGAGAUCAUCGAGAAGACCGAGAUCAUCCGGCAGCAGGGCCUCCACUCGUACGACUACGUCCGCCGGCGCCUCACCGCCGAGGACCUGGCCGAGGCCCGCGUCAUCUCCCCGGAGGCCCUGGGCCUGGUGCGGGCCGGGACCAAGACCCUGCAGGAGGUCCUGGAGGCGGAGGGCGCCUGGCGCUACCUGUACGGGAGCGGCUGCGUGGCCGGCGUCCACCCGCCCGGCUCCAAGCAGAAGCUGAGCGUCUACCAGGCCCUGAAGAAGGGGCUGGUGAGCCCCGAGGUGGCCCGCGCCCUGCUGGAGGCCCAGGCGGCCACCGGCUUCCUCAUCGACCCGGCCCGGGGCGAGCGGCUGACGGUGGACGAGGCGGUGCGGAAGGGCCUGGUGGGGCCCGAGCUGCACGACCGCCUGCUGGCCGCCGAGCGGGCCGUGACGGGCUACCGGGACCCGUACAGCGAGCAGACGGUCUCCCUCUUCCAGGCCAUGAAGAAGGAGCUGGUCCCGGAGGAGGAGGCGCUGCGGCUCCUGGACGCCCAGCUGGCCACCGGCGGCAUCGUGGACCCGCGCCUGGGCUGCCACCUCCCGCCGGAGACGGCCCUCCAGCGGGGCUACCUGAACCGGGAGACGCUGGAGCGGCUGUCGGAGCCCAGCGAGGUGCGCGCCUACACGGACCCCUCCACGGAGGAGAGGCUGAGCUACACCCAGCUGCUGCGGCGCUGCCGGCCGGACGAGAGCGGCGGCCGCUCCCCGCCGCUGCUCCUGCUGCCCCUCUCGGACGGCCGCCGGCUGACCUUCCGGGGCCUGCGGAAGCAGAUCACGGUGGAGGAGCUGGUCCGCUCCCAGGUCCUGGACGAGGCCACGGCCCUGCAGCUGCAGGGGGGGCUGACCUCCGUGGAGGAGGUGGCCCGGGGCCUGCAGAGGUUCCUGGAGGGCACCAGCUGCAUCGCCGGCGUCCUGGUGGACGCCACCAAGGAGCGGCUCUCCGUCUACCAGGCCAUGAAGAAGGGCAUCAUCCGGCCGGGGACGGCCUUCGAGCUGCUGGAGGCCCAGGCGGCCACGGGCUACGUCAUCGACCCCAUCAAGGGCCUCAAGCUGACCGUGGAGGAGGCCGUGCGCAUGGGCAUCGUGGGCCCCGAGUUCAAGGACAAGCUGCUGUCGGCCGAGCGGGCCGUGACCGGCUACCGGGACCCCUACUCGGGGAAGCUCAUCUCCCUCUUCCAGGCCAUGAAGAAGGGCCUGAUCCUCAAGGACCACGGCAUCCGGCUCCUGGAGGCCCAGAUCGCCACGGGGGGCAUCAUCGACCCCGAGGAGAGCCACCGGCUGCCCGUGGAGGUGGCCUACAAGCGCGGCCUCUUCGACGAGGAGAUGAACGCGAUCCUGGCCGACCCCUCGGACGACACCAAGGGCUUCUUCGACCCCAACACCGAGGAGAACCUCACCUACCUGCAGCUGAUGGAGCACUGCGUCACCGACCCGGACACGGGCCUCUGCCUCCUGCCCCUCAGGGAGAAGAAGCGGGAGCGCAAGACCUCCUCCAAGUCCUCGGUCCGCAAGCGGCGGGUCGUCAUCGUGGACCCCGAGACGGGCAAGGAGAUGUCCGUCUACGAGGCCUACCGCAAGGGCCUCAUCGACCACCAGACCUACCUGGAGCUGUCCGAGCAGGAGUGCGAGUGGGAGGAGAUCACCACCUCCUCCUCGGACGGCGUGGUCAAGUCCAUGAUCAUCGACCGGCGCUCGGGCCGGCAGUACGACAUCGACGACGCCCUCGCCAAGAGCCUGAUCGAUCGCUCGGCCCUGGACCAGUACCGCGCCGGCGCCCUCUCCAUCACCGAGUUCGCCGACAUGCUCUCGGGCACGGCGGGCGGCUUCCGGUCCCGCUCCUCCUCCGUGGGCUCCUCCUCCUCCGCCGCCUCCUCCUCCUACUCCCCCGCCGCCGGCCCCGCCGCCGCCCGGGCCCCGCUCUCCUCCUGGGCGGACCCGGCCGAGGAGACGGGGCCCGUGGCGGGCAUCCUGGACACGGACACCCUGGAGAAGGUGUCCGUCACCGAGGCCAUGCACCGCAACCUGCUGGACAACAUCACGGGCCAGCGGCUGCUGGAGGCCCAGGCCUGCACGGGGGGCAUCGUGGACCCCGUCACCGGGGAGCGCUGCCCGGUGGCCGACGCCGUCGGCAAGGGCCUCGUGGACAAGGUCAUGGUGGACCGGAUCAACCUGGCCCAGAAGGCCUUCUACGGCUUCGAGGACCCGCGGACCAAGACCAAGAUGUCGGCCGCCCAGGCCCUGAAGAAGGGCUGGCUCUACUACGAGGCCGGCCAGCGCUUCCUGGAGGUGCAGUAUCUGACGGGGGGCCUGGUGGAGCCCGACACCCCCGGCCGCGUGGCCCUGGACGACGCCCUGCAGCGGGGCACCGUGGACGCCCGCACGGCCCAGAAGCUGCGCGACGUCAGCGCCUACGCCAAGUACCUGACCUGCCCCAAGACCAAGCUGAAGAUCUCCUACAAGGACGCCCUGGACCGCAGCAUGACGGAGGAGGGCACGGGCCUGCGCCUGCUGGAGGCCUCGUCCCAGUCCAGCAAGGGCUACUACAGCCCCUACAGCGUCAGCGGGGCGGGCUCCGCCGCCGGCUCCCGGACCGGCUCCCGCCCCGGCUCCCGGACCGGCUCCCGGCGCGGCAGCUUCGACGCCACCGGCUCCGGCUUCUCCGUGACCUUCUCCUCUUCCUCCUACUCCUCCGCGGGCUACGGCCGCCGCUACGCCUCCGCGGGGCCCCAGGGCGGGCCGGAGGCCGGCCGGCUCCUGGCGCCUUGA